AUGGCAAACGAAACGGGCCAAAAUCCAAGCACAUCGCAAACAAAAUCGCAAGUAUUUUUCAAUUUUGAGAAAUUUGACCGUGAAAAAAUACUGUGGAGCCGUUGGCAAAAACGUCUGGAAAGCGCGUUCAUAAUCAACGAAACACCAGAAGAUAAAAAGUUACAUUUACUUUUACAUCACAUCGGCUACGCCACAUAUUACAACACACUGUGCGACAAAUUAUCACCCGAUGAGCCAGAGAAAAAAAAUUACGAAGAUGUGUGCAAAGUAUUGAUCGAAGUGUUCGACCCAAAACCACUGGAAAUAGUUGAAAACUACCGUUUUCACUUGAGUCGACAAUUGGAACAUCAAUCAGUGGACGAAUUUGCAAUUGAACUCAUAAAAGUUGCUUUAAACUGCAAUUUCGGAACGUAUCUCAACACCGCUUUGAGAAAUCAGUUUGUUUUCGGUCUGAAAAACAAAGCAAUUCGUAGCCGACUGUUGGAGCAGACAGAUUUGGACUUGGGAAAGGCGAUUAAGAUAGCACGUCAAAUGGAACUAUCUGACCAAGGCAACGUCGAGAUCGCACAUAACCUCAAAGAACGCUCACCGGUGGCAACCGUCAGCAAAAACGACUACGAACAAUACAUCGGCACGCUCAACGAAAAUGAGUUGAAACCAUCGGACAUCAAUUUGGUUAGCUACACAGGCAACGGAAUCAAAGUGUAUGGGCAUUCACUUUUGGGACGUGAAUGGUUACGCGUAUUGCCGUUUGACUGGAACAAAGUGUUUCGUGGGGAGCACAUGGUUUCACAAAUCGAUGGACAAACCGCUCUCAACACGUUGAAACAAAAAUAUCCGCGUGUGUUCGAUGCACAAUCAAUGGGUAAAAUCACCGGUCUCAAGGCACGCAUUCAUUUGAAACCAGACACACCACCAAUUUUUAAGAAAGCACGUAAACCAGCUUUUGCAAUGCGUAAACGAAUCGAAAUAGAAUUGGACGAAUUGGUUCGGAAUGGCGUCUUGAAAAAAGUCGAAACCAGCGAAUACGCAACACCGAUUGUUCCAGUUCCAAAGAGUAACGACAAGGUCCGUAUUUGUGGCGAUUAG